CCUCCAGGCCCUCCUGCCGGCCCCACCAUGACCUCGGAGCCCCCGUCGCCCCCGGUCGUGCCCCCCCUCCACUCCCCCAAGUCCCCAGUCUGGCCCACCUUCCCCUUCCAACGGGAGGGCAGCAGGGUCUGGGAGCGGGGCGGCGUCUCGGCUCGGGACCUGCCCAGUCCCCUGCCCACCAAGCGGACCAGGACGUAUUCGGCGACAGCCCGCGCCUCGGCGGGCCCCGUGUUCAAGGGCGUCUGCAAGCAGUUCUCACGCUCACAAGGCCACGGCUUCAUCACCCCCGAGAACGGGUCAGAGGACAUCUUCGUGCACGUGUCCGACAUCGAGGGGGACUACGUCCCCGUGGAGGGUGACGAGGUGACCUACAAGAUGUGCCCCAUCCCACCCAAGAACCAGAAGUUCCAGGCCGUGGAGGUGGUGCUCACCCAGUUGGCCCCACACACUCCCCACGAGACGUGGUCCGGGCAGGUCGUGGGCUCCUAGGCUGGGCGGGGAGCCCCCCAGGAUGGACAGGUGGGCAGGCUCCAUGCCCCACGGCACAGGCUGACCCGGCCCCCCAGGCGGCCUCAGUGUGCACGUCUGUCUGUCUGUCUGUCUUGCACGUGUGCUUCCAUCCAGCCCCGUGACCUGUGACUGUUGUAUGAGCUGGACCGAGGGGGAGGCCACCGCCCUGCCCUCUCUGCUUGUCCACUCUCUCCUUCCUCCCCUCCCUGCCACGUUGGCACAGGCCCUCUCGCCCCUGCCCACCUGUCCUGUGUCCACUGAACCUCCAGAGCCUGCCUCAGGCCUGGGGCUGGGCGUCAGGGGCACCCCGGGCCCUGCCGGGACGAGUUUCUCCCCAGCCUGGGCCUCUGGCCCUGGCCCGGCCGGACUCUGCUUGUUACUCAACCCACCCCUGCGCCCAGGGCUCCAUGGGUGGCCGGGACCCGCCCUCAGAAGCCAGGCCAGCGAGCACUUUGGGGCUCCAGCCUCUGGCAGGGAAAGGGGCAAAGGGCCGGCCAGCCAGCCCUCUCCCGCUCUCAGCACACACUGGAGGGAGGAAAGGGCCUGCGGGCAGAGGCAGUUUGGGGCUCCUUUUGCGGGCCAACCCCUCCUCCUCAGCCUGGCAGUGGCUCUGGGAACCCCAAACCGAGGUCCCAUCUUCUCCCCUGGCCACGCGGAGUCUUCUGCCUCCAUUUCCCCAGGAGGUGCGGGACUGCGGAGGGGGACGUCCCCCCCAGUUUGGAUUAGGCCUCCCCUCUCCCUGACUCACGAGCCCCACUGAUUCUCUGCCCGUGCUCAGCACAGUGGCUGCUGGGGACCCAGCGAUGGAUGGACACAUCCCCUCAGGCAGGGCCAGGCGGGGCCCCACAGGAAUGGCCUCAGCCUGGGAGCCCACCAGCCCUGCAGCCCCCUUGCUGGACCCUCUUCCCAAAGCCGAGACGUGGCUCCCACCGGCCUCCGAGCCAGUGGCUGAGUUGUGGUUCCUGUGUUGUCCGUCCCUUAAGGUGUGUGCGUGUGUUGUGUGCAUGUGUGUUGUGUGCAUUCACUCUUGGGUGGGGGGUUGGCCUGGCCGGGAGGCCAGGAAGGAGGGCUUCCCUCCGCCCCUGCCCCCCCCUCCCAGGGCACAUCGUCUGGUGGGGACGGAAAUGGGGCUAAAGGGAGGGCCUGCCAGGACAGUGACCCUUAGGGGAGCCAGUCUGUGUGUAAACGGCUGAUGCCCAACAGGAGGGCUCAGUGACCGUCUAGGAUCCUCAGCCCUGAAGAUGCCCCAGGGCUCCAGGGUAGAGCCCGGCUGGGAUCCCAUUCCUGCCCCCAGUCCUUACGCAGCUGGAAGCCCAGAGCUGCUGAGAUGUGCUGGCAGCCCCCCCACUGAGAACGGCCCAGCCCCACACCCUCUGAGCAGGGGCUGCUCUGCAAGGCCUGGGGCCUCUCCUUGGGGAACAAGGACUCCCUGGCCUCCUGGGUAGGUUUAUUGAUGCAGGUUAACCCCUAGGAGCCCCCCAAGGUCCCCUCUCCUGUGAGCAGACCCCCCCUUUCCAGGCACUGGCGAGGGGGAUGUGGGUAUCAGCUCCGGGGCCACCUGGGGUGGCAGAGGGUCAGUGGCAUUCUGUCCCUCACACCCCUCCGAGGCCCCACCCCCGGGCUCCCCGUCCUCCCAACACUGGCAAUAAACCCUCAACUGUGACU